GAGCGUGAUGACUGAAUGGAUUACAACUUCUUUGUUCUUUUCUUGGUCUACUCUUACGCGUCAUUCGUCAACUGUCCUAAUCCUAGAAUUGCUCUGCAAAAAUGUGGAUCUUACGCAGACGGGUCUUGUUGGUUCUGUCAUGCCAGGAUUCGUAAGAUCUCACAAGACUUUGGGAAGUUACAGUGGGCAAGAGAUAUUAUCAAUAUCAUGUCGAGGAUCGUCUACGACAACUGGGAGAGGCUUGUUGUAGCCACGCUCCGAAGAGAGCAGCUUUGGGAACUUUUUCAUGCCCACUCCAGGACUCCAAGCGUCAGCUCCAGCGGAUCGGGUUUCAGCUUCUCUUCGCCGCUUCUGGAAUUGCCGUUCGACUUUUCAAGUUCAAGUUCUUGGUAUCAACAGAAUUCAGUUCGUGAAACACAUAUCCGGGGCUAUAAGGCUAAUGAUUUGGAAGUUGCGGCCCUUGCGGGUAUAAUCAAGGCUGAAAAAUCACCUGAAGUCAGACAAUUGGCGCCUGGAGACAUUUUUGUUAAUGGUAAGGCUCUUACUAGCAGAGAGCUAGCGAUGUUGCAGAGUUGCCGAUAUCCGCCAAAAAAGUUGACUCCAGGAAACUAUUGGUAUGACAGAGUCUCAGGUUUAUGGGGGAAGCAAGGACGCAAGCCUUCACAGAUGAUUAGCGCCCAGUUGGAUAUAGCCGGCCGCCUUGAACAGCAUGCUAGCAAUGGGAACACGCUAGUUUUUGUAAAUGGUCGGGAAAUCACCAGAGUGGAGCUGCGUAUGUUAAAGUUCGCUGGUGUCAGAUGUCACCCAGAUCUACGUUUGUGGAUGUAUGAAGAUGGUUUAUACCAAGAAGAGGGAACAAAUGUGAUAAGAGGGAAUAUCUGGGGGAAGGUGGGAGUGAAGCUACUGUGUUCGAUGCUCUCUCUGCCAUUCCCUCCCAAAUCCUCGUAUACUCCUGGAGAGUCGUCUGUGCCUGACCACUUUGAGCAGGGGGCUAUUCAGAAGAUUCUUCUGAUUGGAUGUAGAGGAUCUGGGACAAGCACCAUUUUUAAGCAGGCCAUAUUUCUUUACACAGAUCAAACUUCUUUGCUUGAUGAGUUUGAACACAUCAAAUUGUUAAUACAGAGCAACUUAUACCACUAUAUGAGUAUACUUCUUGAGGGCCGUGAACAUUUUGAAGAAGAAAAUUUGAACGAAUCAAGAAGAAACAAAUCUGCUGAUAGACAGGGCUUUGCAGGAGAUGCAGAUGCAGAUGCCAGUGAUGAAAAAUGUAUAUAUUCCUUUAGUCCGAGAAUGAAAGCGUUAUCUGAUUGGCUUCUCUAUAUCAAGGCAUCAACUAGUUCGGAUGUCUUUUCAGCUGCUUUCAUCGAGUCGUCUGCACCACUGCUUAAGGAAUUGUGGAGUGAUCCUGCAACUCAGCAAACAUUCAGCCGGAGAAGUGAACUAAAGGAGCUGUCUACUGCCGCCAAUUAUUUCCUAAACCGAGCAGUUGAUAUACUUAAACCAGAUUAUGACCCUUCCAAGGACAUCCUAUAUGCUGAAGGAUUUCCUUCAUCACCUUCUUACUUGGACUUCUCAUUCCCACCCCCACACAAUGACGAGUAUUACAGUGGGGAUAAGCUACAUUUUACAAGAUAUCAGCUUAUUAGAUCAACGUCAAAUAGAGUUGACGACCAUAACGAGUUGCUUGAGAAGUUUGAAGAUGUUGAGAUGGUUGUCUUCUGUGUUUCGUUAAGUGAUUAUGAUGAGUUUGUCAUCGACGAAAAUGGAGUCUCAGUCAACAAGAUGAUGCAUGAUAGGAAGUGCUUUGAGAGCAUGGUUACAAAUCCGCUCUUUGAUCAGACACCGUUUCUUCUCCUACUAACAAAAUAUGACUUGUUUGAGCAAAAGAUAGAACAUUUUCCUCUGGAUAAAUGUGAUUGGUUCAAUGAUUUUCUUCCUGUUAGAUCAGCUUACAGUGAUCGCAGGGUGGGUGCAUCCGAUGCCGAAAAGGGAUUUUAUUAUAUAUCCGUUAAGUUCAAGGAUCUCUACAAUAAUCUAACCGGUCGGAAAAAGUUGUACGUCGCAAAAGUGGCCUGUUUGGAACAGGAGAGCACAGAUGCAGCACUUAGAUAUGCAAGGGAAGUUUUGGAGUGGGAAGAAGAGACGAGCAAAUACUACGAUACAGAUUACUUCAGCGAGGAUAGUUUUUACUCAGAGGAAGACAGCUGAGCAGAAUUCUGAUUGAAUGAUGAACAUAAUCUCUGGAUUUUCAUCCAGUACAACAUCAGAUAUGAAAACAUUUGUGCAAUAACUUGUGUGUGCGUUGUGAAGGGCAACUACAAACGCCUGCUGAGCUGCGGCCUGCCAAGGUUUUUGUUGAAAGCCCUAAAAAGUUCUCCUUUUCCUCUAUUUUUGAGCACUUUCACUUGGAACAGAUCAUCAUCAUCAGAACCCGGAACGGAUUCAAGUGAAAUGAUACUUCCAACAAAUAGUUUCUGUGCUGCCAAGAAUUCAUUCCACCCGGUGGAAGUUUGAAUCCUAUGAGGUCUUUCCCUGGUGAAUAAUGUUACCGGCCAUUUCCUCCCUCUUGGAUCCCGCAACGUUAUCUUGCUCUUCCUCCGUAAUCCAGUUUUGGCAGCAAAAGCAGCUGGAAAGAACUGAAAAUGCCCAAGAGAUUUUGAAACAAACAAGUCAGAAGUGUGGAAAAGUUGAAUAUUGAUUCAUUUGAACAUGAUGGUUCAGAAAGUAUUCACCAGAUGGUAUGUACUGUAUCUCCUCAACUGGACAGAAAACCUUGGAAUUUCACUGGUCUUGUCACAGCUAUCUCCACUCCCGCAUUCCUGUUUUACAGGGAAAUUCCCUGGAAAAUGGACAUGUUCACCUGCUCAAAAGAUUGUAAAACAUUUUCCAACCAUGAAGAACAUAUCAGAGUUCUGAGUCUUACAGUAAAUCCCAGGUUCUUGGAUGCCAUCAACAUCGGAGGAAGGAUACCACUUGUCACAACCAUCCAUGGAAAAGAUUGCAACUCUGAAUGUCGAUCUUCCGACAAAAUAAAAAACAAGAAAAUCUCCUUCUUCAAGUUGGUUUCCCUUCAAAAAUUCAGGCCAACCUCCUAUGAAACAGUGCCUCUCAUUUACCUGUUCGAUCUUCACCGCCCAAGAUUCCUGAGAUUCAGUUACUAGGCAGACUUUUCCAUGCAGCAUGUCUUUGUGUCUUCUUGCAAAUUCAACUGGUAUUGACUGCAAUACAACACAACACAAACAUAACAACAAUAUCUGGAAAUCAAAUCAACUUGCCAUUUUUCUGAGACUUACGAGUUGGGUCGAAAAGUCACCGAUGAGGGGUUUGAAGAAGCUCGGCCGGUUGAGAGAACUAUUCAUCUCUGUACACUAUUGUCUGAUUCUUGAAUGUUUGAAGAGAAACUAACUGAAACAUGCGGGCUUUAGAUGUCUGAAACUUCUUGCAUUGUUGUAUUUGUAGAGGAGGAGAUACUAAACGACUUUUGUUUGUCUUUUGCUAAUCAAUGUACUCUGUCUUUCAAGAUGCCUGAAA